CGGCUCACCAACCGUGCCUGGAAUUACUACGUUCCCACUCACAAGGACAUGCCAAGAGACUUCAGGGUCAAGCUGCUCAAGAACAACAGGAAUCCGGUCGGAAUAUUCAACUCCAAGGCCACGGGCGAGCCGGCAGUCUGCAUGAGCGUGGCCUGCCUGCUGGCGCUGCGCCAAGCCGUGGCCGAGGCGCGCCGAGAGGCCAGCCUUCACGCCUGGUUCCAGUUCGAUUCGCCAGCAACGCCCGAAAGGACGCAGAUGGCGUGCGACGUGGGGGUCGAAGAGCUCGUGCUGGCCUAGAGGGGCCGCGCCGCUCCUGCUGGCCGGGGUGUUCGCUCGACCACAGAUCAGUGAGAGGUGGAGUGACGGCGGGCGCGUCUGCACGCUAUCGGUCGCACGCGGAGAUCUCUCCCACGUCCGGAGAAUUUCAAGGCGACCGCGGGUGGUGGUGGGAGAGACCGUGAAGGGUUUACGAAGCGAGUUAUGAAAUUGAGUGCAUGUGCUGGUCUUCAUAGCUUCUAUUAGGGGUAAGUUUAUACGUAAAGGAGCCUAUGAAAAGGAUGGGAUGUCAAUUUUGAAGUUUGCUUCGGAGAGAUAUCGCUGCCCCAUGGUGCUUGGGUGCUAAUGAAUGCUUACAUUACAGUUAUAGACAUUAAUCUCCUUAUGUAUGUUUCGGCUUGGAGCAACCACUUUCCGACUGGUGGAUACAGCUUAAUAUGUACUGCGAACUUUUCACACGUAUCUUAGAUUCGAGCAACCAUUUUUACUCAUGAUCUUGCGAAACAUUUCCAAGCAUCAUACAUUCGAGCAACAUUUAUAAUCGACCGAUGAACAAAUGCUUGCGUGCUUGAAAUGAGAUUAAGAAUCGACAGACGCCCUGCAAAUGGCCAACCACCUUUCACCACGCCAUUCCAAAUCACCGUGGGGUAUGACAUGGAAACCGCCGUCCGCCAAAAACAUCGAAUUUACCUACAUAUCCACUACCCAUACUACGCCAGUCCCGCCCUCGGCUGCCGCCCGGAGCAUCAUGAGACGUGCUAAGCCCGGCUGCCGGCGGCCUGCACGUGGUGUGGCAGGCGCUGUGCGCCCU